AUCCAUCCGUCCACAAACCACAUGCCUCCUCUGUGUGUGUGGCUGUGCGUGGAAGUCUGCGUGUGAGCGACUGACUGACUGGUGUGCAUGUCGGUGGCCGGAUGGCUGACGAACAAAUGGCCGAUGGACACGGGCGCUGAUGAUGAGACAACAGCGUUACAUAAAAGCAUCUCAUCGUCAUCCAAACUCCACUGACAAUCAUAACACGUGCACACGGAUCGACAGACAGACAGACAGCAUGCAGCACCAGCCAUCACAGCACAUCCGCCACAUCCCACAACGGAGUUGUAGUUAGUGGGUCUUGAUAUGGGUCGGACCAUCCAUCCAUCCAUCCAUUUAUUUGUCCCCAUAUCAAGACCACGUGCAUGCUGCAGUGACAAACUCUGUACAAUUAAGUCACUGCCUUCUGACUCCUUCUGACUUCGCCCAUCCACCCACCCAUCCAUCAGUCUGUGCCGGCCUUCUUGGUCAUCUUGACGAUAAACGUGGGCGACUCCUCGCCAUCGUCGUCGUCAGGGAUGGGCAGCUCCACGUCGUAGUACCGCCCGCACCGGCGCACACACUGCAUGACCGCGAAGACCGUGUUCCGGUCAGCAUGCGACAGCCGCAGUGUGAUGUCGGCCGUGUCGGGCAUGAGCAGGAGGGCCAGGCUGAAGAGCGAAUUAACGCUGGCCGCUCCCCAGACGGGUCUUCGGCUGUUAUUGAUGAGCAGCUGCUUGACAGGCGGGACGAGGGGCGGGGCGAGCACUAACGGCGGCAGCUCCACAGGCAGGCGCGGCCAGGAGACCUCCAACUCCUCCAGCUUGGCCGUGCGAUCCUGACAAACGGACGAAAAAGCACUUAGAUUGACUGACGGCCAUCCAGCCACAGGUGAGGCUAAGCUGACUGACCCUGAGGUAUAAGAGGCACUGUGCUGUCACGGAUGGGGCCAUGCAAAGAAGAUGCGGCCGCUGCAGUGAGGGCAAUGCGGUGGUCAUGAUGCGGCUGAGGGGGUUCGGUGGGUCGGCAAUGACGCUGUCGCCGCCCGUCGAUCUGCCGAUGCGCUCGAGAAUGAGGUCCUUGACGUUGGGAUAGCGGUCUGGCUCAUUGAUGAGGAAUCCUGGGAUGGUGCUGAAGUCGUCAUCGUGCACGUCGAGCAGCUCAUCGCGGCCGAAUGUAAUCCUCAGCUCCGACGCCCGAGUGAAUGGCGGCAGGAAGCUCCAUCGCUGACAAAUGGAUCAACGACACAGACACACAUCCAAACCACUGCAAGCAGGCUGCCGCUUGCCCGACUACGUUUGUCUGUGUAAGCUUGUUUGUGUGUUCCUGAUGUGGCUGACCUCCGGCAGCCGGACACCCCCAUAGAUGAUGUGGACUGACCCACACACGCACACAGGAAGGUCACAUGGGCUAUGCACAUCUGCCCGGCUGUCAUUUGGCACCGCGCUUUGUCGCUGCGGCAAAUCCCUCGGCCAUUCUUCGGACGACCGGGUGGAGAGGCGGCGGAUCGACGACGUUGUUCUCGACACUCACGCAAUCCAACUUGACCCUGAAAGACAGGCAGACUCAUUACACUCCAAGGCGUAUGAAGGGCUGUGUGUGCUGUGGAGUGUCUCCGUCACUCACGUGUUGCCGCCGCUGUAUGCCACCUGGCAGCCCAUGGCUUCCAGCUGCUCGAUGAACCCGACAGCUGCACACACCACAGAUGUCUCGUCGCAGUCCCACUGUGGUUGCUCUCCUCACCGCUCAGUCCGUGGGGUCCCGCAGUGCUGGUCAUCCGGCGCAUCAGCCCCUCAUCGACGCAUAAGCCACGCAGCAGUGUCACCUUCCUCUUCCUGGUGUCGUUCUUGCGGCCCCACAGCCGCCGCAGCACGCCGAGGAACGGGUGCAGCGCGUCGAAGGGUGCCUCGGGGUGCGACAGGUUGUCUCGAACGUUGAGCCACUCCAGAGUGGUCAGGUGCGUCAUAUUCACCAUUAGGGGAAAGGAAUGCGGCAGCCGACGGGGGUCUGAAACACAAGCAGGCAUUGCGACAUAUAAAUGGCGCUGUCUGUUGUUGUAUCUGGGUGGGUGGGUGUCACCUUACACGGUGUGAAUGGGUAGACGCAGAGUCGCUGGAGCUUCUUGGACGUGCUGAGGAAGUGGGCCAAUGGCUGGUCGACGAACGACUCGGUGAUGUGGUCAUCAUCGUAGCUGUCUCCUUUCCGGUCAGAACCAAAGAAGAGAUCGCCGUGCAACUCCAUCAACUCGGGCCUGCACGCACGCACAUACACACACACACCCGCAUAUCUGCGUCCCAUUCCCCCGGUCUGUCGUGUGUUGUCGAUGGCUUGCAUACCAUUCGAACCCCUCGGUGACCAUGCGCACGAAAUACCGCAGGCUGUCGACACGCAGCUUCUUGACGUGAGGGAACACGAUGCGGUCGGCGGGGGGAGGAGGCGUGACAGCAGGGGGGCUGCCAACGACUUGCCCGUCAGCAGGGAACUUCUCGCUCUCCAUGCCGUGGAGUGUGGUGAUGACGAGCUUCUGCAGCACGUCGGGCGAGCGGCGGAUGGCGGCGAUGACCAUCUCAUUGACGGGCCACUUGGGGUCCAUCUUGAUCACGAUGCUCUGGUGGUGGGUGCGCUCCAGCCGGCUCGUGACGUGGGCCGGCAGGUCCCAGAAGACCUCCUUGUCGAUGUGCAGGUGGCUGUAGAGAGAUGAUGCUUCGCCGGGCCGCUCGGUGUGGGGCUUCAUGAUGCUCGAUGACGGCUCCCCGGUGGCGCAUGUGCAGAAGUGCCGGGAGACCUCUGAGAUCUGCUUGCUGCCGUCCAUCGUGCUGAAGAACGAGCCGGCGUAGGACAACACCUCGUUGGGCAUCGAGCGGAAGCCGGUGAACGGCACCUGAAUGAAUGAACGAACGACAACAGAUGCGAUCAAUGACAGAUCCAGCCGUCCCAUUGUGGUUUUCUCCUGCACCUUCUCGUCUGCCGAGGCUUCAGGUAAUUCAUGAUUCUGGGAUGACACGUCCAUCGUGAUACCAGCAGCACCUGAUUGUGACGCUCCGCCGUCGGCAGCCAGCUGGCCAAAUCACCGCACAAUACCCACAGAUAUCGUG